CUCGCGAGAGCCCCCGCUCCCUGAGGCCCACGCUGCCUCAGCCGAUGCCGGGGCAGGGGAGGUCAGCGCGUGGGUGCACGCCCCCUGUCCCCCAGGUGAACGCGACAGCCUGUGCCGUCCCACGCCUCCUCAUCGCCCUCCUGGAGAGCAACCAGCAAGAGGAUGGCUCGGUCCUCGUGCCCCCUGCCCUGCAGCCCUACCUUGGCACCGAUCGGAUCACGGCUCCCACCCACGUGCCUCUCCGGUACAUCGGCCCCAACCAGCCACAGAAGCCCAGGCUCCCGGGCUCACCUGCUUCGAGCUGAGAACUCACCGCCAUCCAUCAGCAGGGCUGUGGCCACCUCCUAGAGCUCGGGGGACCCCAGGGACCUGGGACACCUGUUCUCCCACGCCAAGCCUGACAUCUGCGUUCCUCACAUCAGCUCCGUUCCUGGGCCCCUUUCCUACUUCCCUACUUCCUCAGAAUUGACCAGUGACCCUAUUGUCACUGAUGGUCCCAACCUGCACCGGAAAGCAAGAUAUCUGGGGAUUUAAAGGUUGUAGGGACGGGGGAAGAAGAGGAAGAGGCCUCCAAGCCUUCUUCCUUCUUCCCUCCCCCAGUGUGUAGCAGAAAGUCCCCAAUAAAUGGUCAGAACCAA